UUGCUUCUAAUUUGGGGCAGAAUGAGGGGAUGACAGUGCAAGCAUCCGAGUUCGAUAUUCAUUAUUCCAAAUGGCAAUUUCGAAAAAUUUUGAUCGUAAUUCCCCAUAGAAAUUAGUGGUCAAGCACUCGGAACUCGCCAUUACACAAUGUGUUACCACUUUUCCUGUCACCUCUUCGCAAAAGUGGGUCACACCAGUUUUAUAACAUGAUUAUGAAAAAAACCCAUAUGAUCCGUGUUUUAUGAGUCAUGGGGCAGUGACAUUAGUUAUAACCGCUUUCAUCCGAAAUAAAAAAAAUGGCAAAAAGAUAAAUGGGAUUCCAUUGACUAGUGAUUUAAAAUGUCGUCACAGGACUUGCAGGCGAUAAACGAUUCUGAUGGAAUCAAUUAUGAAAUUAAGUUCAUUAACCUACUAUUGAGUGGCACUUCGACAUGAAACAGCAAAUGGACAUGAAUAAAUUUUCUGAUAAAUUUUUGAUGAUUAACGAACAAUAGAAAAAUGGUUACGCCAGUUAACCAUCAAACGAUUGAUCGCUGACUCGUAACGAAGCCACUGUUGUUGACCUGUUCCUGCUUACUAGCAGUGUAGUAUUCAGUGUUUCUCUUGACACCUACAUCCUGGCUACAUAAAUGAGUCCCCACUCGCUAUUCUCUCACUUCGGUAUUUUUCAUCAGCGAAAACGGAUCCCCAAGGGAGGAACUUAUCAUGCGUUCCAUACUGGCAAUCAUUUGCCUGAUUUUAUCGGGUGUUUUUGGCAGUUCACCUCGCGCUGGGCACGUCUCGUUCCCAGUAUCGGGCUGGAGAACAUCUGGAUCACCUUGGAGAUGGCCCAACGAGGCUAGAACAAUUGGGGGCUUCGAGCAGCCGCACAUAUUUCAUCUGCUGAAGCAUAAAAUUAAAAUUCAAGUGAUCGACAAGAUUCCAACGACGACGGCGGCACCCUCGGAUUGCAUUUGUGUACCCUAUUACCAGUGUGAUAAUAAUAAUACGAUUAUAACGAAUGGAAUUGGACUCAUCGACGUCAGAAUUCGUCGAUGUACAGGUGACCUCGAGGUCUGCUGCAGACCCCCCAACACAACCAGAAUGCCACCGACAAUGCAACCAAUAGUAACACCAACAAUGCCUCCUACAAGACCUCCAACAAUUCCACCAACAGUACCACCAACUCAACCUCCAACAGUUCCACCAACAAUUCCACCAACAAUACGACCCACUCAACCCCCAACAAUUCCACCAACAAUACCCCCCACACAGCCACCAACUCUCCCCACAUCUCCUCCGACUUAUCCAACAUUACCUCCAACUCUUCCUCCAACCAUAGUCCCAACACUUCCUCCUUUCCCAACCCUACCACCUUUCCCUACCCUUCCUCCAGACUGCAUAUGUGCAUUUCCCAGUCAGUGUGAUGCAAACGGUGUUCUCUUAGUCUCUGGAGAAGGUAUUAUUAAUCCCAGACAGACUCUCUAUCCCUGCGGAGGCAACAUGAUCUGCUGUCGUUUACCAACAACCACUGUCGUCUUUCCAACCCCCCCAAGGACAACUGUCCAGCCGCCAAUCGUGGGGUCGUGCACCUGUGUGAAAAUUCCUCAGUGCGAUGCGAAUGGUUUCAUCAUCGUUUCGGGCGCGGGCAGCAUCAGCCCAAGAUUCCCAGCGGGUAGACAGAGCCAAAUAGUCAAUGUCUGCGCUGGGGACGAAGUGUGCUGCAGGUUUCCACCUAAUGGACAGGACUCCAUAGCCCCGCCGGUCCUCCCAGCACCGAUUCCUCCAGUUCAAUAUCCUCAAAUCUCCUUCGAUCCCCGAGUCAACGCCACUGGAGUCAUCAGAAAUGCAGGGACACCCCAGCAAUGCAGAUGCGUCCAAGCUUCGACCUGUGAUCCAGACUUUAUCGUGACUAUUGAUGGCGCUGGCAUCAUCGACCCUCGAUUCGGAUUGUGCAUGGUAUCUGAUGAAGUCUGCUGUCGAUCGAAUGGAAUUAUCAGCAACAGGAGAGGAAACAGUGAUCCCUCGGCAGAUUCUGCUACAUAUAUCGUUAAUCUUCCUCUGCCUAGUUAUGGAAAUGUUGUUUGUGGUGUCAGGGGCCCCGCGUGCUCGUCAGGGAUGUGCACAGCCGCCUUUGGAAAUACGAGUUUUGCAGAAUUUCCUUGGAUGGUGGCCCUGCUCAUCAGAGAGCCCGGGGGAUCCAAUGUUUUCCUCUGUGGUGCAUCGAUGAUUAAUUCUAGGGCUGUUUUGACAGCCGCUCAUUGCGUCUUAAAUCGCCAACCGGGACUCUUAGUGGCUCGCUUUGGCGAAUGGAACACAGCUAACAAUGACGAGCCUUCGCCGUUUCAAGAAGCUGAUGUACAAUCGAUCGUUACGCAUCCUAAUUAUUACUCUGGAGGAUUAUAUCACGAUGUUGCUGUUUUAAUUCUCGCAACUCCGGUUAUUUACGCAGUUAAUGUAGUGCCCAUUUGUCUACCUCAACAGGCAGUGCUUUUUAUGCCCGGAACGCGGUGUCUGGCGUCUGGAUGGGGAAGAAGUGGUUUUGAGGGACAGUUCCAGACUAUCCUGAAAAAAGUAGAUUUACCCUUAGUGGAGAAACAGGAAUGCGAGUCACGUUUGAGGGCUACGAAGCUCGGGCCGUACUUCCAGCUCCACAAGAGCUUCAGAUGCGCAGGUGGAGAGCCCGGUAAAGACACUUGUACUGGCGAUGGCGGGGGUCCUCUAGUUUGUCCAACGUCUACAGGACAAUUUAUUCAAGUGGGAAUCGUAUCUUGGGGAAUUGGCUGUGGCCAGACCAACGUGCCAGCAGUGUACGUUGAUGUGAUACAACAUCGUCAGUGGAUUGAGCAACAACUAGCUAAUUACGGUGUUUCUUGAUGCUAAUUAUAACGGUGGAACUGUCCGCUAAUUCCCUAAAUUAAAUUAAAAGAAUAGAAAAAAAAUUGAGGCUCUUCUGACUUAAAUAAUAUCAACGAGAUACAUGUCACAUUCAAGCUGACGAAAAUUUCGUUCAACAAGUCUUACAUAAUCGAGUCAGAAGUCAACGAAGAUAAAGCAAAUGUCACGCUCUUCAUGAUCAUUAAUAAAAUAACGAACUGGUAGACAUCAUUGUAAAUAUAGGACACAAACAGAGAUUAUCUUUCACUCGAGGGAAGGAAAACCGUAAUGUUUAUAUUUUCAUGCGAGCAAUUGCCAUUCUAAUAAGUAAAGUACAUUAUUUAUUCUCCCCUCCUCGUCAGGAUCAAACGAUCAAGAAGACUAUUGUCUUAUGAAUGAAAAUCAUCACAAUAAAAACAUAACAAAUUGAGAAAAGUGUUUGAGGAAAAAUUGUUAAUUUCCGAGAAUUUAAUCAGUUCUAUCACAUCGAGGAUAUGGAGUAUUAUAAAGUGCUGCAGUUAAUGUACAUUCAACAGAAAUCAUUACUCCAUUUGAUGUUGUUCGUGUGCGUAAUUAAUUAUAUCUGGAAUGAAAAUAAAUACCUCCAUUCAAGCUGGUGUCUCCUGUCAUUACCGCCAGCCACUCACGUCAUUUAUC